AUGGAUUUCAACCAAACCCGCACAACGGCUGGGCCGUUUUCCACCUCCGACACGGCCAUGCUGGAGGCUCUGGUCCCUGGAUUUGGAUUCAUUUCGCGAUUUCUCUACUCAUACCUCAAUUUUGACAUCACGGCCUACUUCCAACUCAUGAUCGCACUCACCGUUUUUGGCGCAACUUUCCGAUACAUUUUCUUUGUCAUUUGGGAACGAUUCAGCGAAUUCUUCGUCUCAACCGCCGAGAUUCGCUUGGAUGAUGAGAUCUUCAGCUACCUCAUGUACUGGGUGUCGCGCCAGCAGCAGAUGAGACGCACGAAUCGCUUUGUGGCCGGCGUCAAAGCCAACGGGUACAUUAGCGAUGAAGACAGCGACGACGAGGACGGAGAUGAGAUGGAGGAUGAAACCAACUGGGAUGGAGCCCCUGCGGCCGAUAACACCUUCGACACAUACUGGGCCAAGGUCGUCAGUCGCGACAAGUACAAGGCGCUGCAGUUCACGCCUGCCGAAGGGUCCCAUUAUUUCUGGUACAAGAAUCGCCCGAUGAUGCUCACCCGGUCUAACCAGGAGGGCGGCACGCGCUAUGUGCUCAACAACGAGCGACUGUACCUGUCCUGCCUGGGUCGGGAUCCUUCGAUUCUCAAAUCACUCUUGUGGGAGGCUCAGCAGGCGUAUGUCGAGCGCGACGGGAACAUGACGGUCAUCUACCGCGGUGGUCGCUAUUCCGGUGGAGGCUCGUACUAUUGGAUUCGGUGCAUGGCUCGCGUGCCCCGUCCCUUGUCCACGGUGAUUCUGGAUCAAAGCCAGAAGGAUGAGUUCGUGGACGAUAUUAAAGAAUAUCUGCACCCCCGAACGCGUCGCUGGUACUCGAACCGCGGUAUUCCCUACCGCCGCGGAUACCUUCUUCACGGUCCCCCUGGAACCGGAAAGACUAGUCUUUGCUUUGCCGCGGCUGGACUUCUCGGAUUGAAACUUUACCUCCUGGACUUGAACUCUUCAUCCUUGGACGAAGAAUCCCUCUCGUCUCUCUUCGCCGAUCUGCCCCGUCGGUGCAUCGUCUUACUCGAGGACGUUGAUUCGGCAGGUAUUGCCAAAACCCGAGGCGCCAACCAGGCGGCCGAUGUCCCCGAUGAUUCACCUGCGGAUGCCGGGGCCGAUGCCAAAGUCCUCUCCGAAGAGCCCAAGAAGGGCGGCGUGACUCUCUCGGGACUUUUGAACGUCAUCGACGGCGUGGCUGCCACCGAGGGCCGCAUUCUCGUCAUGACCACCAACCACGCCGAUAAGUUGGACCCGGCUCUUCUUCGCCCUGGCCGUGUUGACAUGACCGUCACCUUUGGCUACACCAGCGAAGCAGAUAUCAAGGAGAUGUUCAUCUCCAUCUACGUGACGAUGGAGGGUGAUCUGGCUCGUAAUCAGAUCCUGUCAGCCAUCUCCAACGGGUUACCUCCAAGAAUUGCGGUCAAGGUUCCGGCUGAAAUCACUGAUGGGCGGGUUGGGACGAAUGGGAAGGUCAACGGGACUGUUGCAGCAGCGCCAAAACAUGAGAAAGACGAGCUUCAGGCUCGGCUUCAAUCGCUCCGAGCCAGCAUUUCCGGUCUGGCUGAUGAAUUCGCUGCCGUUGUCCCGGCUGGGACGUUCACUGCUGCUGAGAUCCAGGGAUACCUUCUCAAUCAUAAGGAAGCUCCUAAGGCUGCUAUUGAAGGUGCAGCAGAGUGGGUGCAGACCUCCCUUGAAAAGAAGCGCGCGAGAGAGGAAAAGGAACAGGUUUCUUAA